AUGCAGAGAGGAACGGCAAAUAGCCCCGAGACAAAUGGUGAGGUGGUAUAUGGUCUUGGUAGGCAACCAGCUAUUCUACAUACUAUUAGCCAGAGACUAAUCAGAGAGUUUAGUGACACUAUUAAUGGAUUCAAUGAUGAUGGCUGGUCGAUAUUGAACUGUGACGAUGCUCAAGAUAUUGCAGUUGCUGUUAAUUCAUCCAAGAACUUGAGCACUAAUACAAAUACAGUUUUCUUCGUUGGACGUAUUCUCCAGGUGAAGGCUUCUAUGCUACUCCAGAUGGAUAAACUCCAUGUUUUGUUCUAA